AGCUCUAAGCAGUUCUGACUGAAGUGUCCUCAGGGCAGGACAGUAGCCGCAGGGACAGAAGGACGGAGGCACUGACUACGUAGGAGGUCCCCGCCUGUCAAAAUGCCCAUCCUGAAGAAUCUAGGGGUGGCAGACUCCAAGGUGCCCAGGGCGGGGACCCUGCCCCUGAGGUCCUCUCGGAACCCCUUUGAGGAAGUUCCAGGAUUGGAAGAAGAGGAGGUUGGGGAGCUGGGGACCCUGCCCAACGGAACAUCUUGUCGCCGCCGGGCCACCCUGGAGAAGCUGGCUGGCCUGGCCCCCUUCCGGUUGGCCUGGCCCCCUGGCCGGCGGGCAGGCAGCCCAGGAGAUGGGCAGCCCCGCUCUUUCCUGGGCCGCGUGCUGACACCGGGGAUUCGCAGGAGCUCGGCAGAUUUUGGCCUCCUGGCCAGGCUUCAGGGGACCCGAGCCCAGGGCGACGAGGAGGCGGCUGGGGAGGCUGCCCGGAGACUGGCCUUCCUGAGACUGGGACGCGGGCCCAAGCCCCGCCGGGCGUCACUGGCCGAGAGGGUGGUGCCCGCAGGCGAGGCGGCUCCUGAGCCCCCGCCCAAGGUCCCCGAGCCCCCAAAGGUGAAGGAGCCUCUGUCAGAGAGGAAGGGAGUGGCCCAGGGUCACAAACACCCUGGGUGUGGAGGGGUUCAGUUGCCCCAAUCCCCCUCUCACAGACCUCCCUGUCUCUUGUCCCCCACUCACAGAGAGGUCCUAGGGCUGGUGGACCUGGUAGCCCUGGAGAAUGGGGAGCUGGGGCCCCUUCUGUCUCCCGGCACCCUGCGGGGCUUGGAGGAUGAAUGUGUCACAGAUGUUAAGGCUCAGACACGCGCAGCCCUGCUUCGGGUGCUGCAGGAGAAUGAGGAGCACUGGGGGAGCUCGGAGGACCGGCCCAGCAGCCUGGCGCAGGAUGUGUGUGAGCUGCUGGAAGAACAUACAGAACGAGCACCCCGCAUCAGCCAGGAGUUUGGGGAGCGGAUGGCCCACUGCUGCCUGGCGGGGCUAGCAGAAUUCCUUCAGAGCUUCCAGCAGCGGGUGGAGCGAUUCCAUGAGCAUCCAGGAGUGCGGGAGCUGCUACCUGACACCUACGUCAGCAGGACCAUCUCCCUGGUCAAUUGUGGGCCCCCGCUGAGGGCUCUGGCAGAGCGCCUUGCCCGGGUGGGGCCCCCCGAAAGUGAGCCAGCCCGAGAAGCAGCUGCCAGCGCUCUGGACCGCGUGACCCGGCUCUGCCACCGAGUCCUGGCUGACCUGCUGUUUCAGGAGCUGCAGCCCCACUUCAACAAGCUGAUGCGCAGGAAGUGGGUGAACAGCCCGGAGGCCCUGGAUGGCAUCGUGGGCACGCUGGGCGCUCAGGCCCUGGCACUGCGCAGGAUGCAGGAUGAGCCCUACCAGGCGCUGGUGGCCGAGCUGCACCGGCGGGCGCUGGUGGAGUACGUGCGGCCCCUGCUCCGAGGACGCCUGCGCUGCCGCUCGGCUCGGACCCGCAGCCGCGUGGCCGGGAGGCUCCGGGAGGACUCGGCGCAGCUGCAGCGCCUGUUCCGGCGGCUGGAGUCCCAGGCCUCGUGGCUGGAUGCCGUGGUGCCCCAUUUGGCCGAAGUCCUGCAGCUGGAAGACACGCCCAGCAUCCAGGUGGAGGUGGGGGUGCUGGUGCGGGACUACCCCGACAUCAGGCGGAAGCACGUGGCAGCCCUCCUCGACAUCCGCGGCCUGCACAAUGCAGCCGCCCGCCAGGAGAUCCUGGCCGUGGCCCGGGACCUGGAACUGUCUGAGGGGGGAGCCCUGUCACCCCCUCGGGACCGUGCCUUCUUCUCAGACAUCUCCGUGCCCCGCCCACCUUUCUGCCUCGGCCUCCCUCUCUUCCUGGGCCGCCUUCCCCUCUCCCGGCUGGCCAGGCCUGGUUUGGCCUGUCUGCCCCGGCUUCGGCCUCUGUCUCCAUCACGGCCCCCUACCCAACGCUGAGACUCUCCCAGCCCGCCACCUCAGUGCCCCCCAUCUUUGCUGCUGACAAACCAUCCUCCUGUACGGGCUCGCUCUUGACUCCCUGCCUGGGACCACAGACCUCCCCACCCUGGGGGGCAUGGAAAGAUCCUCAGAGGUCUUCUCGGCCACCCCUAUAACCCCCAAAUAGAAGAGAAACAGGCCGGAGGGAGCAAGGACUUUCCCAAGGCCAUGAAGCUCAUUCCCAGCACCAGCUCCCGGCCCAGUGUGCAGUGGGGGGCAUUUUGGAAGGCUCUACAGAAGUAUCCCAGGCCCCCCCUUUCCCCUCACCUCAAGGUCUGGCCCCAGUCCAAUGUAUUAAGGAAUGUACGAUACUUAGAAUAAAGAGGUUUCUAUUUAACACAA